CGAUCACGUGGUCUGUCUAGUCUAGACACAGGAAUCCAGACGUUGUUAAUGCGGAACUGUAUUCAAGAAAAGGGGAGUUACCUAGUACCUGACUAUUAAUUUAAUAUGCGGGAUCUUUAAACUGGGAGGACGAGACAUGGCCAGUGCUGCAAAAAGACGAAAAAAUGAAGAUGGAACUGUGCCAAGCGCACAGUUAACCAUGCACUUUGACUUAGAGAAUAAGAACUCUGAUUGUGAACUGGGAAUGUUUCUCAAAUGGUGUGGCGAUAUGGGAAUUGAUGUUAACCACAAGGUCAGUUUGUGGCAGUCGUGCAGCAAACAUCAUCAUCAUCCUGUCAAGUGUCACUGUCACACACAAGUGAGAGAUGGCAAGGAGGGGAGCUGCAGUCGUUACGGGAUGGUUGCAACGGUUGACAUCGCAGAAGGAGAGACGCUAUUCGCUAUUCCGAGGGACGCCCUGUUACAUCCAGGCAAUUGUUCCAUCUCAUCGUUACUGCAGCAAGGAGAAAUCGAGCUACGCAGUGGUAGCGGCUGGGUUCCACUUGUUGUGUGCCUGAUGUACGAGUACACCCAGGCCAACUCAAAGUGGAGGCCGUACCUAGAUCUUUGUCCAGACUACAGCCAGCUGGAUUCGCCCAUGUUCUGGGACAAAGAGACAGUAACCAGUGAACUGAAGGGUACCGGUGUCCCUGACUUGGUUGACAGAGAUGUUGAGAAUAUACGUCACGAGUAUCACUCUAUUGCCGUGCCAUUCAUGGAGAAGAACCCAGAGUAUUUUGAUCUUAGCAUCCACACCCUAGAUCUCUACAGAAAAUUGGUGGCCUUCGUGAUGGCUUACAGCUUCUCAGCACCGAAGAAAACAAGCGACAGUCCUCAGGAAGAUGGUGAAGACGAUGAGAACGAUGAAGAAGAUGAGGACAUUGAUGAUGAUGAAGAUGAAGCUGGAACCACACUGACCAUGAUGGUACCCAUGGCCGACAUCUUGAAUCACGUAGCCAAGAACAAUGCCAGGCUCCAGUUUGGUCAGACUAGACUGAGUAUGGUGGCUACUAAAGAUAUUAAAAAGGAUGAGGAAGUAUUCAACACAUAUGGUGAGCUACCCAACUGGCAGUUGCUACAAAUGUAUGGAUUUGUGGAGCAGUAUCCCGAAAAUAUUUAUGACACUGUUGACCUCCCCUUGACCCAUGUGAAGGACCAAUCAGGCUGCGGCGUGGAUGGGGAGCAUGCCCAGUCCAAGUGGGACUAUUUAAAGGAGACUGAGGAAAUAUUAGAUGACAGUAUUGUCAUUUCCUGUGAUGGCAUCUUGAACAAAUGGGAAACAUAUCGGAUAUUAAAGAUACUUUCCAUGACCCCUGCAGAGUUUAAGAAGCAUCAGGAAUCGUGUGCCAAUGAUGACGGUCUUGAAGAGGAAGAGGAGGAUGAUGAGAUUGAGGAUAACCUGGAGGAACUCUUUUCAUUUGACGGCCUGUCAGCAUUGCCAGCAGCAUGGAGACAACUUCUCACUGAAUGUGCCAAUAAACAUUUGAAAUCUUACAAAAACACAAUGGACGAGGACAUCAAGCUUGUUCAAAUGGAGGAGUCUGGUCCAUCCACACUGAACAGCAGACAGAGGUAUGCGUGCUACCUACGCAUCGGACAGAGGAAGCUGCUUGAGAAAGUUGUGCAGUUUUGCAGGAUAAAGUGACAAAGAACUGAUGGUCAUUGAUGCAAGAUUGUUGAAUGUGUUUACCGAGUUGAAAAUCGAUGCUUAAGAUCUUGAAUGCAGAAAACUAUUGGAACGACUCUACAUUAACACAUGGAGCCAAUUAAAUUGAGUUGAUAGCCAGAAAAUACCGUUUCACAAAUGUGUGUCUGAAGCAAAAGUUAGCAGGAUACAUGUGUACCUAUUAACAGUAAGAAGAGGAAUGCUGUAUGAUCCAUUGGUAGAAUUACAUGUUAUGCCAGCAAUUGGAAAGUGGAGGACAAUAAAUGUACAACAUUGUCUUAAAUGCAUUGUCUCAAACUAUUAUUCUUAAAACCUUAUAGAGCC